AUGUCGAACUUUCAAAUCAUUCGUUGGAAAUAUCCUCAAAAUGUUGGAUCUGGAUUUACUUUUAUUCCUAAAUCUUCAAUUGCUAAUCAAGAUUCUGAUCAAUAUUUUCUUGAAUUAGCGACUAGAUUAAAAAAUUUCGAUGUUAUAAUCAAUCAUGAUUUACCGCAUCUAUUACGUGGAUAUCUUAAAGAAAAACUUUACAAAGCACAAAAACUACAGAUACGUAUGAUACAUAAAUAUUUGAAUGAAGUCGAACGUAUUUCUAAGUUAUAUACUAAUACUCCCAAUGAUUUGGCAAAUCAAAAGUUACGAAAUGAAUUACAACUUGAAUUAAAUAAUAUUUUGAAUGAAUUAAGUCAAUAUUUAAAAGAUUUAGAACCAAAAGCACGAUUUAUUGAACAUUUAAAGUCACAACAUUUCCGUUAUUUCAAUGUUGCUGAAUAUAACUUUGAUAUAACUAAUAGUAUAGAAUCAUUGGAACGAAAUCUAAUAAAAGAUAAUCCGCACGUUCGUAUUCUUUGUUCAAAUGACGUUUUAAAUAAUAACAAUAGAACAAAGUUCAAUCGACUAUGUGGUGAACUAGCUGCAGAACGUCUAACAAAUAAAAAAUUGCGUAUUAUCUAUGCUGAUUUUUCUUAUUGUUCAUUCGUAUUACCUGAUAUGAUAAUAUUAUCGUCAAAUAACAAACUAAACAAACAAGUUCCGCAAGAACCAUUGGCAAAAAGACGAGCAGCACGAUCGACCGAGGAUGUUAUCAAUAUUCUUCUUAUUGGUGAGACUGGUGUUGGAAAAUCUACAUUUAUCAAUGCUUUUAUUAAUUAUCUGACAUUUAAUACUCUCCAACAGGCUAAAUCAAAUCAACCUGUCGCACUUAUUCCCGUAUCGUUUCUCAUCACAACUGGAGAUAAUUUUCAAGAACAUAUUGUUAAAUUUGGUGCAUUUGAUAAUUCAACAAAUGAAGAUUUCAAUCAUCCAGGUCAAUCUGUAACACAAUAUUGUCGAUCGUAUCUUUUCGCUGUUAAUCAUAUCAUUGGAAAAAAAUUACGUAUAAUUGAUACACCUGGUUUCGGCGAUACACGAGGUCUUGAUCAAGAUAAUAUGAACAUGCAACGUAUUCUAGAAAAGAUAUGUGAUUUAACACAUUUAGAUGCUGUAUGUUUUCUUCUUAAACCAAAUGAAUCACGACUUCAUAUUUUUUUUCGAACAUGUCUUACUCAAAUACUUGAUCUAUUAGGUUCCAAUGCUCGUCAAAAUAUGAUUUUUUGUUUCACAAAUGCUCGUUCAACUUUUUAUACACCAGGCAAUACAGCUCCAUUACUUCGUACUAUGUUAAAUUCAUUCUCAAUCAAUAAUAUUCCAUUUAAUAAAGAAAAUACAUUUUGUUUCGAUAAUGAAUCAUUUCGAUAUUUAGUGGCAUUAAAAAAUGGAAUUCAAUUUACUGACGAAGAAAACAAAGAAUAUGAAACGAGUUGGUCAAUAUCUGUCAAUGAAUCAAAUCGUCUUAUUAAUUAUAUUUGUACACAACUUAGUUCUUAUUCUUUGUCUAAUGGAUGGCAAUCUAUCAAACAUGCUCAAAUUGAAAUCGUUCAAAUGAUUCGUCCAAUAUUAGAAACAAUGAGAAAUAUAUUUCGAAAUAUAAUUUUAUGGAAAAUCGACUCACCAAAUAAAUUUAUUGAAUUAUAUCCACAAGUUAUUCCGCGUUCAAGUAUGUUUUGUACUGUGUGUAAACCAGUUCCAGUUCAAUUGGAUAAUUUUUGGAUUUUACCUGAUUAUGUACAUGAAUUUCGAAAUGAAUGUCUUGUAUGUUCAUGUAUGCAAAAUCAACACAUUUCAAUCGAUUAUAUCCUUAAAUAUAAAAUUUUAAAUAAUUCAUCGAAUCAUCAAGAAAAUGAAAUGAAUGAUCUUCUUAAUCGACUGAACACUGCAAGUGCGGAAUUUGCUUAUUUUCUCAUCAAUGUUGCUCAUUCGACAACAGAAGAUCCUUUUCUACGUGGUUUAUUACGAAUGAUUGAUGAAGAGAAACAGAUUUGUGCAGAUCAAAGAAUAAAUCAAUUAAAUUUACAAUUAGUUAAAGAAUUAGAAACACUUACAGUCGCAUAUAAAGAACAAAUGAAGAAAAUACAAAUGAAACAACAACAAAACACUUUAGAAGUUAUUUAUGAAAUAAUCAAGAGAGUUUGUGAAUAUCCAAUGAUACGUGAACAAAUUGAAGUUAUUCGUCAAAAGAGAAGAAUACACAAAGAUGAACAACAUGAAUUUCAAGUCUCCGAAAAUUCAUUCCGUGGAAAGAUUUAUCUAUCAACACCUUGUUGA